AGUAAGAAAACAGUUUUUCAAGAAAAAUUUGUAUAAAAUAAUGAAUAUUAAAUUAUAAUAAAGUCCGAAAAAGAUAUAUUGCUAAAAAUUGGGAAUGACUUCUAUAUGCAUGGCAAAUUGGCUUGGCAGAUCUUUUUUGAGAUACGCAAACGUUGCGCAAAUUUCCAGAGAAGGUUCUUGGCGUCCCAUGACGAUUCACGAGUCACUAAAGGGCUCGUUAUUGGAGUGUACCAAAAGGAAGGAGGCAAGGAUCCCAAACUGACACCAAGUGGAGAGAAAUUUGAUGACCGUGUACAAGACAAGGUGACCGAGCUUGUUAAAGAAUUCAAUAUCACCGGUGCUCUUGGUAAAGGAAAAGUAUCCAACAACAUCGACCAAGAGUAUAAGUUGAUAGCUGUAAUUGGAUUAGGCCGUAGAAAUGAAUCACGAAUGCAUGGAAAAUGUAAGAGUUGCGUCAGGGGUAGGAGCUCGCAGCUUGCAAAUGUAAGGUUGUUACUAGCUGGCGAAAUAAGUUUACACAUUACACGAUCAUAUACGCUACACUUCUACUUACUUCACACGCCAAUUAUAAAAAUUAUUUAG